AUGCAGAAAGCUCUCGUCACUCGAGAGAAGGAGUUGCGGCGCUCCGAGAAGGCCGUGACGCGUGCAGAUGCUGAACUACGCGAGGAACUCGCACGCGCCGAGAAGAUCCUGCCGUCCAAAUUCCUCUUUGAACGAAACCUCGCUAGCAACCGACAGCUGGAGGCUGCACGGAGUGUGCUGUCUCGCUUUCAACAUCGUUUCUUCCAGCUUUACUUCCGCCGUUGGUGGGGGAUCAUAGUAGAGCUGCGACUGCAAGCUCAACGUCGAGCAGUGGCGCACAUCGUUCGCAUUUACCGUGGACAUCAAGCACGACGAGAAGCACGACGCCUACGUAAAGAACUUUGCACCAUGGAAGCUCAAAAAAGGCAGCUUCUAGCUUUCAGGCUCAAAUACCGCUCCAGUCAGGCUGUAAAACUUCAAAUGGCGUGGCGUCGCUAUCUUCGCCAUCGUGCCAUCAAGUACCGUCAAACACGACAGACUGCUGCUGUUCUGCUGCAGAGAGCGUUUCGUACAAGGCAAUGGCGUAGCCAGUCGCUAGUGAAUGCCCUUGUGAACACACGGAAGUUGUUCGCUGUUGUGAGCCUACAGAAGCUUUACCGAGGGCAUCGGGAACGACGCAAAUGGAGAGAGUUUCAACAAGGCCAGCGACAGGAAGAACGUGUUCGACUUGCACUACUACGAGGUAUGUCCAAACAAGCACGUGCUGCGUGGAUGAUCGAGAGACGUGGAGCUGGGUAUCUGAUAGCUCAUCGAUCCAUAUUUCCUUUCGCUAUGCGGAUGCGAUGGCAUCGUUUACUUGACCAGCUAAGACGUCAAUGUGCAGCCACGAGCAUCAGCAAAGCCGUGUGCCACUGGUUCGGCGUUGAAGCGAAGCGUGAAGCUGCUCGGGUCAAGCAGAUUAAGGAAUGGAUGGCACUUGUACAACGUGAACUUGAACGCUCGCGCUGUGCUGCUGUGCUCAUCCAGAGGCACUUGCGGCGGUGGGUCGAGCAACGCAAGUUCCUUAUGACCCAAGCUAGACACAAGAAACAAGCUAGACGGACUAGACUGGCAGAGAAAUCGGGGAACUCACCUGUGCGAAUCAUACCGAGUAGCUCUCAACCUACUCGAAUAAUGACGCUACUGAAGCCGAUGAAACUGAGAGAGAGCAACUCUAACACUGCUCACAAUACUGACGCCAAAGCAGCAGUAACCAUCCAAUGCUUCUAUCGCCGUUAUCGCGUGAGGAAGCGAGCUAGAUGCAGAAAGUGGAGAAAUGACGCACGCAAAGUGGAGAAUCGUGUUCUAACGAGACACAAAGCAGCUACGGACAUCCAGCGACGUGUUCGAGGAAUUCAUGGCAGAAAUGUGGCACGACAGCGUUUCGCUGAGCGACUGCUGCAGCGCUACCUUCUCCGAUGGAAGCGGAGACGCAUCCAAAAGCGCCGACGUGCUGCACGUAGAAUUGGUCGCUGGCUCAAACACAAAAGAACGCAACGGCUCGCUAAACUUUGGCGCGUUGAGAAACAGACGCGGCUGGCGGCUUCCACGCGACUGCAGAAAUGGUAUCGUGCUCGCUGCUUGUUGCCGUCACACUUGAGACGUGUUCUACAGGUUGUUAGGAGACGAGAGGAGACGUUGGUCUUCUGCGACCAAAGCCUGCGGCUCUGCCGACAACACUUGGCCGAUGGAUUCGUAGUGCAGUCGUUCAACGUCAGUCUUGAAGACGCCCUGCGUCCGCUUCUCUUUGCCACGGCGUCAAGGUCUCCCACAAGACCCAGAGCAUCGCCGACAAAGCCAACGAUUGUGGCCUCUAGCGGUGGGAAGCGCCAUUCCAGUGCGGUGGCAUUCCCGAUUCUUCAAAUGAUGUUUCUGAUGGCAAGUGGCUGGAAAUUGCCGUUCGUAUGGCGCGAAUUGGACGGGAAAACACUCUUGCAAACCAAACUGGAGCGGACUAAAGCUGUCUCGUUCUUCCGGUCGCUCGUUAAGCAAGGGAACCCCGUGGCGCAUCGGCUCCAACAAUCUUCUACCGUUGAGACCACCCCGUGCCCGACCCGUCGAAAGCAGAAGCCUGGUACUAAGGUAGCUAAAGGAGUCGAAACGUUUGCGUCCGUGGAGGUUGAUGUGGCAGUGGCUCGAUCCACUGGGGGAGCGAAAGGAGCUCUAGAUUUCGCGUCGUUUGUGCGGGUGAUCGAGCGACUGGGUGAGAUUUCUCUGGCGCAGAACGCAGCUUUGUACUGGGGGCGCUUCGAUGGCACUGAAGCGCGCAUACUGGCGUUGUCAUGGUACUCUCUGCUGUCUCACUCGUCGCUGCAGCCACUGGCACUUCAAUUCGAAACGCUCGUCUCGGGUGAGUUGUCUCGCCACGCGUCGUGCCUCCAAGGGCUUUUUGCACGGCGACACUACAGGCUACGAGGUAAAAUAAUCCUUCUCGAAAGGAGGCGACAUAUACGCCACCAAGAACUCGCUCGUGCCGCUGUGGUGCUGCAAACUCAGGCUCGGAAGCUAUUAGCACGACGCGAGCUGCGACGUCUUAUGCAGGAAACGUACGAGAAGUUUUUGGAUCCAACGUGGGGUUUGCCGUACUGGAUGAAUCCUCGAUCGGGCUACUCGACAUGGCAGAAACCGCCUAUCCUAGGAGCUGGAGAUGUUCACUGUGAGCCGGUGCCAUUUCCUCCCCCUGAACGCACGUUGAAAGCCCCUUGUAAUGGAAGGAAGGACUGCGACCGAUGUGCUGAGUGGGUGUGCUACGACUGCAAUGAGUGUUUCUGUCUUGUGUGCUUUGGGGGAUACCACAAAGCUAAAGCCAUCGCUAGCUCGUCCAUCAAGCGCGACCACGAGCUGGAGCGUCUCCUGCUCUGCGGAUUGUGUAGAUUCCAGCUCGCUUCACGCCGUUGCCUUGAAUGCAUUCCGAAACCUAAGCCAAAGCCUCCAGUUAACCCUAAUUCAGCAAAAUCUCUGUUCUGCGACGUGUGUUUCGGGUUCUUGCAUCGUCGUGGUGGACUCAAAGCUCACCGCCCGGAGCCUCUUUUGGAACUCUGCACAUCUUGCAUUCCAGACGGUGAAGACGACGCGGACACAGCUUCACGUCCGCCCUGUGCUGUCUUCGGAGUCCAAGGAGCUGGUGAUGCCGUCCAGUGGGAAUGUGAAGCGUGUGGGGAUUCCCCUCGUCGAGUUUGUGGGAGCUGUGCUCUUCAGUCCCAUCCAACGGAAAGUUGUGGAGAGCUUCGACCGGUGCCUCUACAAACGUUGGGCAGACAGCGGCGGACUCAUCGUCUUCGAGAAGAACAAGAGGCUCGAGAUCGUGCAGAUCUGGAUAAAAUGCGUGCGAGAGUUUUACGAGCUCGCCAGGAGCGGUGUGCUCGAAAGAUCCAGACCUUUUGGCGCUCUCAAGCUCCAAUUCUUCGGGCCAGGCGUCUUGUGGCUGCUCGACGCAAAGAAACCAGCGAGCAGUGGCUGCAUCGUCAAGAGGAUGCUCGAGUAGCCAAGCGACUAGCCUUUCGGGCAAAGAAUGCCUUGGGAAUGGCUUCACCUCUGCAUUCUGAUACGCCAGUGGAGCGCCGGCUUCGUAGUUUACAUGCCUUGGCACGUCGGCAAUUGUCCAUUCGUGCGAGGUUCUUUGGGUUGCUGAUCGACGAGUAUGCGAGUGUGGGGAUCCCGUUGCCAGGACUCGGUCUGCUUCAUGCAGGGUCGAACGAGAUUCGGACUAGCGAAGACCUUCGAGGAUGGAUUCGCAACCGACAAACGAUUCGGCUUCGGAGGCUAACGGCACAACAAUCGCAGCCUGCAGAGAGAGCGCUGUGUGCGUGGGGUCAACUGGAGCAAUGGGGCAAAGCAGAAAGUGAACUAUUACAAGAGAAAGAGGCCGAAAACCAGCCUGACGCUGCAGAUUCAACGUGGCUGGCUGAUGUUCACUCAAAGCUAGCAAUCACUGAAGGCGUGGUUCCCUUAGCAUUGCCGUAUGACCCACCACUGUCCAAGAAGAAGCGAUACGACGAAGAAGAUGCGCUGGAGGAUGUCCCGGUAGCAAUGUUUCUCGUCGAGUUUUCGCUGAAUCCGAGGCGGACCGUGUGGAUUAAUCAUUCGCUCGCCGAGCGAUUCUGGGAGUGGAAGAGGCUCAAGCUGCUGGAUCGCAGUGAGCGAAGGCUGAGGCGAAGCAAAAGCAUGAAGAGGACGUGA